AUGGAGCACGCCAUGUCGUUGUAUCGGGCCUGGGCGGACGCCUACGGGCUCUCCGCCGACUCGCUGCUUCCGCCCUCCCCCCUCUCCCUUCCGCCCUCCCUCCCCCCCGCCCCUCAUCUCGAGGACUGCGCCGCGCUCACGGCGCUGCGCCAGCAGGCGGAGCAGCGGGGGGAAGGGGGCGAGCCGCCAGCUUGGGCGGACCCACAGCCCGCUCAAGAAGAAAAGCGCGGGGCGCAAGAGGGAGGGGCGCAGGGGGACGGGGGGGCGGCGUGCUGCAGGCGCGGAGCCUCUGGGGAGGCGAGCGGCGAGUUCAAGGCGUCAGCGACGGUUGGCGCUGCCGCAGGCGGCUCUGCCUCUCCUUCCCUCCCUGCUUGCUGCUCGUGUGUUCCCCAGCCGCCCUGGUUCCCCCCCUCCUGUGCCAACCGCCGCCUGCUAGUGGUGCCAUGGCCUGAGGACCAGUGGCAUGGCAUGGGAUCGCAGGUGCACAUCAUGGCAGUGCUGCUGAGCGUGGCGCUCUCCUCCAAUCGCAUCCUCGUGCCGCUGCCCGCCUCCUAUGGCCGCGCCAACUCCACCCACUGCCACGCCAUGGGCCACGGCAGCUCCUGGUCGUGCUUCUUCGCCCCCAUCGCCUCCCCUCUCUGCUCCCAACAGGUCGCCCUCGCCCUCUCCGCCAAUCAGCUGCCGCCAUGUGUCGCGCCGGUGGAGGGCUACAGGGCGGCAGCAGCAUCAGUGGAGAGGGUGGUGUGUGUGAACACGUCGGCCCUCGAUGGCCUCAAGUUCGAAGCCUCUGCUGCCGGGCUGUGGGGCGAGGCAUACGCCAAGGACCCUGAUGUGGUGGAGCAGCGAGGGGAGGUGCAGCUGGAGGGCACAGAGCACAAGAAGUUACACUGGUGGCGGGCGCAGGCAGUGCGCUUCAUGCUGAGGUGGCCAUCAGCCCAUCUCUGCCACGUCAUCAACCAACAGAGACACACCGCCUACGGCAUGCACGUCGCCAAUCGCAUGGCGCGGCAAGCCGAGCUUCACUCUCAGCUGCUGCAGUCACUGCCCCCUCUGCCCCCACCCAACAGCUCGGAUGCUCCCAGUGCCGCCGCUGCUGCUGAGGCUACCACCAUGGCUGCAGCAGUUGCAGCCGCUGCGGCAGCUAGGUUUGCUGGUGAACAUUCAUCCACACAUUCCACUGCCGCUGCUGCCGCUGCUGCUGCUGCUGUUGCUGCUGCAGCAGGUGGUGGUGGUGCGAGUGGGUCAUCGCUGUCAUGUGAGCCGUACAUGGUGCGGCCGAUAGUGAGCAUUCAUGUGAGGCAGAGCGACAAGCAGGUGGAGAUGGGUGUGUGGUCCUUCGCCGCCCACAUGCUGUUUGCCGCCCGCCUGCAGCGCACCCAUGUGGACCUCAAGCACGUGUGGCUCUCCACCGAAAUGCAGUCAGUGAUCAACGAGGCGGCCACGCCCUUGUAUGCGGGGUGGACCUUCCUCUACGCCCCCAACGGGCGCCUGCCAGAGGGUGCACUGGACCCGCACGCAUACGACGCGCUCCAGUCGCCCGCUGCCAGCCUGGCGAGCUUGCUGAUCGCAGCGCAGUGCGAUGCCUUCAUCGGGUCGCUGGGGUCCAACUGGAGUCGCCUCAUCAACGAGCUCAGAGCCACUAGUGGCCGGCUGUACAGUGGAUUCGUGGCUAUGAACCUGGGCGAGUGGUGA